CAAAUUGAAUUGUCCUUUUCUCGCAGAAGAAGACGCAAGCGGCCGUACAACAUCACAGAAGACCUCAGUAGUGUGUUAUAAAAAUAACAUGACCAAGGUUAUAUAGUAACACCAUUUGACAAACAUCUUAUCUCGGUCGAGAUGAGCGUCCCCUGUUUCUUGUCAUCAGCUGCCCGAAGCUUCUGCAAACCUGCCGGUCUCCUCUGCUGCCGGAUUCUGGGCCCCAGCUCCUUCACAAGAAGAAGAAAUAUGUCCUCCAGAAGGCAAAUGGACCAUCUACAGAGAACAGCGAACAACUCCAGACAAAAUGUUCUGUAUCCAGCUAAAGUAUGUGGCAUUAUAAAUGAGUCGGAGAUGGUGAAACGUUUGAGAAUUGCUGUCCAUCCAGACUUCACCUUCAAAGCGGGACAGUGGGUAGAUUUCUUCAUUCCCGGCGUAGAGAAGGUGGGAGGUUUCUCCAUGUGCUCCAGUCCGGGUUUGCUGCAGAGGGAAGGCAUUGUUGAACUGGCUGUCAAAUACACCAAACCCCCAGCGCUCUGGGUCCACACCACAUGUACAGUCGGCGCCCGGGUGGCAAUGCGUGUCGGUGGGGACUUCUUCUUUGACCUGUCACCCUCAGACCCGUCCGUGGAUUUGCUGCUGGUGGCCGGUGGCGUAGGGAUCAAUCCCUUGUACUCUAUCCUGUUGCACACCACAGAUCUGCUGCGUCUGAACUGUGCCUCUGGUGGUCGGGACUACAACAUAGGCUCUGUCCACCUCUGCUACAGCGCCAAGAACACACAGGAGCUGCUCUUUAAGAGCUCCAUCAUUGAGGCGUGUCGGGAUUUCCCUGACAAGUUCUCCUGUGACUUCCACGUCACGCAACAGUGUACAGAUGUUGACCCACACCUCCAGCCAUUUCUCAAGUGCGGGAGAAUCACAGAGGAUGAGUUGCGUGCUCAUGUGGACCUGCAAAGGACUUUGUGUUUCCUGUGGCCCCCGCCAAUGAUCGAAGCAAUUUCCAAAACCCUCAUGGACUUUGGUCUCCCUAAAGACAGAAUCCUCUUUGAGAAGUGGUGGUAGAACCUCUUGCACUUCCCAGAAAGUUACAGUGUUGUCCUCUUGGCUAACGCUCCUUAUUGCAGGGGAGGAUGUUAUGGGAUGUGGUGAGUGGAAAGUAACUGAAAUAAUAGUAACUGUGAUAAUGAC